AUGGCUGAACUGUUUGCUUACAUGGGAUGGAGUCUAUGGUUCAACAGGAAUGCAAAAAGGGUCGGGUCCACAUCCUUGCCAACGGACAAAAUUUUCAAUGAUGGUGUGGAACGGUUGCAAGAGUAUCACUCGAUGCAAGAUUAUCCAACACAACAGGACGUGGUUUCUCACUCAACCCAAUGGCGGCCUCCCCCACAUUCAGUCUACAAAGUAAAUUUUGAUGGAGCAACUUUCAUAGAUAUGGACUCGGCGGGUUUGGGUUUGGUUGCUCGUGAUUCAGACGACAUGGUUAUCGCCUCCCUUUCAGAAUGCAUCAGACUACCACCAACGGUUGCUGACUUGGAAGCUUUGGCAUGCAGAAGGGCCAUCUUAUUUGCACUCGAAUUAGGACUCCAAGACGUGGUGUUGGAAGGUGAUUCGGAGGUUAUUAUCAACCACCUCAAACCAGACUAG